AUGACUUCCUCAACUAUCAUCUCCAACACUGAGAAUCUUCGCAAGUACAUGGCCCUUGAGCAGAAGGGCAAGGUUAUGGCCGAGUACGUCUGGAUUGAUGCUGAGGGUGGUGUUCGUUCCAAGACCAAGACUCUCUCCAAGGCUGUCACCUCCGUCGACGAGCUCCCUGAGUGGAACUUCGACGGUUCCUCCACCGGCCAAGCCCCCGGUGACAACUCCGAUGUCUACAUUCGCCCCGUUGCUAUCUUCCCUGACCCCUUCCGCAAGGGAGAGAACAUCCUUGUCCUCUGUGAGACCUGGGACUCCGAUGGAACCCCCAACAAGUUCAACCACCGCCACGAAGCUGCCAAGUUGAUGGAGGCUCACGCCGGCGAGCACUUCUGGUUCGGUCUUGAGCAAGAAUACACCCUCCUUGGCCCCGACGGAUGGCCAUACGGCUGGCCCAAGGGUGGUUUCCCCGGUCCCCAGGGCCCUUACUACUGCGGUGUCGGAACCGGCAAGGUCUACUGCCGUGACAUCGUUGAGGCUCACUACAAGGCCUGCUUGUACGCCGGUAUCAACAUCUCCGGCAUCAACGCCGAGGUCAUGCCCGCUCAGUGGGAGUACCAGGUCGGUCCUUGCGAGGGUAUCGAGAUGGGCGACCACCUUUGGAUGUCUCGUUUCCUCCUCCACCGUGUCGCCGAAGAAUUCGGUGCUCAGAUCUCUUUCCAUCCUAAGCCCAUUCCCGGUGACUGGAACGGUGCCGGUCUUCACACUAACGUAUCCACCGACUCCACCCGUGCUGAGGGUGGUAUGAAGGCCAUUGAGGCUGCCAUGAAGAAGCUCGAGGCCCGUCACGUUGAGCACAUUGCCGUCUACGGUGAGGGUAACGAGGCUCGUCUUACCGGUCGCCACGAGACUGGUUCCAUUGACAAGUUCUCCUACGGUGUCGCUGACCGUGGUGGUUCCAUCCGUAUUCCCCGCCAGUGCGCCAAGGAUGGCAAGGGUUACUUCGAGGACCGACGACCUGCCUCCAACGCUGACCCUUACCAGGUUACUGGUAUCAUUGUUGAGACUCUCUGCGGUGGCGUUUAA